AUGACGAGCUACCCGACCUCGCUGGCGCCGGUGCUGAAGCAGGUUCCCGAAGACGUCGAGGCUGGCCACACCACACCGUCGUAUGGGGGCAUGAUCGGUGGACACGAGUUUGAUAUGCCAAUUUCGCCGCCAACGCAUACGCAGCCACAACAACACUCUGCAUCAUCAUCACCAGCGCCCGUGCCAAGGUCCUCAACUUCCUCCCAUCGUCCCCGUCCGGUUUCGAUGCCCCCACAAGCCUUCAGCGCGGUCGACCCGGGCUCAGAACGACCUAGGGAGAGGGACAGGGAUAGAGAGCGAGACAGGGAUAGAGAUAGGGAGCGAGACAGGGAGUCGUCGUCUAGGCAGGGCGAUGAAAACACGCACCGUCGACGCCAUCGAGAUGAACACAGCUCCUCGUCGCGGCCGAGCAGGUCCAACCGAAUCCUGGGCGACUACACGCUGAGCAAGACACUGGGCGCGGGGAGCAUGGGCAAAGUCAAGCUGGCGACGCACAACAUCACUGGCGAGAAGCUGGCCGUCAAGAUCUUGCCUCGUGUCUACCCAAAUCCCCCGCCACCAGGCAGCUCGGGUCCAAGCGCAGAGUCGGCGUCGAGGCAGGCGUCAAAGGACGCUUCGAAGGAGAUCCGGACGCUGCGCGAGGCGGCGCUCUCGAUGCUCCUGUACCACCCCUACAUUUGCGGAAUGCGCGAAAUGAUCGUCCACCAACACCACUACUACAUGGUAUUCGAAUAUGUCAACGGCGGCCAGAUGCUCGACUACAUCAUCAGCCACGGUCGCCUGCGCGAACGGGUCGCCCGCAAGUUUGCACGCCAAAUAGGCAGUGCACUCGAGUACUGCCAUCUGAACAAUGUCGUUCAUCGCGAUCUCAAAAUUGAAAACAUCCUCAUCUCCCAGACUGGGAACAUUAAAAUCAUCGAUUUCGGCCUGUCCAACCUCUACAACCCUGUUUCCCACCUGUCGACGUUUUGCGGUUCGCUGUAUUUCGCGGCACCCGAGCUGCUCAAUGCAAAGGUCUAUACCGGCCCCGAAGUCGAUGUUUGGAGCUUCGGCGUGGUGCUUUACGUGCUAGUCUGCGGAAAGGUUCCGUUCGAUGACCAAAGUAUGCCCGCACUUCACGCAAAGAUCAAGCGGGGCCUGGUCGAGUAUCCAGUCUGGUUAAGCGCCGAAUGCAAGCACCUGCUUUCGAGAAUGCUCGUGACAAACCCGGCCGCCCGCGCUACUCUCAACGAAGUUAUGAACCACCCGUGGAUGAUACGUGGAUUCUCAGGACCCCCUGAGAUCCACAUGGUGCAUCGAGAGCCGCUACGAGUCGACGAACUUGACCAACAAGUCAUCCGAGGGAUGAAAGGGUUCGAAUUUGGCACGGAGCAGGAGAUCGAGCGCAAGCUGGUCGAAAUCCUAGAAUCGGAGAGCUAUCAACGGGCAGUGCAGAACUGGGAGCGGAAACGAGGUUCAAGAGCCAACCUCAACGGCAACGGAACCUUCAACAACGGUCGAUGGGGAGAGUCGUUCUCGAAUUCCAGUCUCGCCAUUUCCUUUGACAGCAACAAAUCCGAUACCCCCGCCCCGAAGAAGUCGCGUAGAUUCUCUGGGUUCGAGUACUACCGCAAGAAGCUGUUCUCGCCGGUUUCGUCACCGCCGGGCAGCCCUAUGAGUCGGUCCCCGCCCAACUCGCAGCACACGAUAUCGACGCUUUCCGAUCGUGAGCCGGGCGACCCGACACGAGGAUUCCACCCCCUGAUAUCGAUGUACUAUCUCGCCCGGGAGAAGAUGGAACGGGACAAGGUCUUUGGACCUGGGCAAUUUGCCAGCUCUCAGCUGUCUCUUCUCGACCAGAUGUCGCCGACUGCGGCUACCCAACCCACACCUCACAGCGGAAACCUCCAACAGCAGCAACAUGCCGCGACCAACCAACCGCAUUACACCGCUCCCAACGUCGCCACCUCAAGACAAAGCACACUCGGCGCGAGACCGGACUACAGCAUGCCUCUCCCCCGCCUUCCACCACCCGAGGCCUCGCAUUACUCGGGUACUUCGUACGACAACAGCAUCGCUCCGUCACCGACGACUCCUGUGUUCAGCAACCAGCCGCGAGCGAGGGAUCCCGGUUUGCCGGUCCCGCCUUCACCAACCGUCGCGAGCGCACCGCCUGCCCGGCAGCAUAUCGAGAUCUCCGAACAGCAGCCUCCCACCGCUACGGCGCCUCGACGGGGCAACCUCCCGCGAGCUCCACCCGCGAGCACGCAUAGGCGAAGCCACAGUAUGAGCCAGCGCCCGUCUGUCCUCUCGAGAGGAUGGGGCACGAUGUUUGGUUCGCAUACGGCUGAGGGUGUGAAUGAGCAUGGUGCGAGGAUACCCGAGCCGCCCAAGACCGUCGGGCCUGAAGUCACCUCGUUCAAUGAGAAGGAGUUGGGUGCGAUCUCGGAUGGGGAGAGGCAGGAGCAUGGGAGUGGAGGUGGGGGUGUAUCACCGCUUUCGUCUGGUGCGACCCUUGUUCGCAAGUUUGGAAGUUUGCUGGUUGGGAGGGGUGAUGAGUCGAGGAGGCAGCAGCAGCAGCAGCAUAAUCAGGGCACGAUUAAGCGCGGGGCGAUUUUGAAUGCGCUGUCGCCUUCGCCGCGUCCUUCGGCUGAGACGAGGAGUCCGGAGGAGGAGAAGCAUCCUGAUAACAAUGGUGUGAAUGGGUCGGGAGCGGCGGGACAGGGACAGGGUCUGGAGAGUGAGGAGGUGGUGGUGGAGAAGCCGAAGCCUAUCGCGACGAGCGUGAGCCAGCCGGUCGGGUCUGCGCACAGGCGUGCAGCGACUCUGCUCGACCCACACGGGAGGGCGAGUCGGCACGAGAGGAGGAGUAGUACCAGUGCUGCGUUUGGGAGCAGCACGGUUGGUACUGGCGGGGGAGGCACGAUUGGACGCCAUAGGAGGCCGUCGACUGGGUACUCUACUACGUCUGGCAGGCCGUUGGCGGACAGGCUGUUCCCGCAGAGGAGGGAGGGCGAUUUGGUGGAGAAGAGGGAGGACGAGGAGGGUGAUGGUGAGCUUGUUGAUUCGGCCCAUCCUGGGUUUGAUACCGAGGAGGAGAGGGAUGAUGGGAAUGCGACGGAUCGCGACUUUAAGCCUGUGUUCCUCAAGGGGUUGUUCAGUGUGGCUACGACUUCGACGAAACCUCCUGCUGCUAUCAAGCUUGAUAUCCGACGGGUGCUGGACCGGAUGCAAGUCCAGUAUCGCGAGACCAAGACUGGAUUCGAGUGUAUCCAUUUGCCGUCUAUCGAUAUUUCGUCUAUCGAUGCCACAUCUAUGAGGCAACCCUCGCACCAUCAAUCAGCUUCCAACGAUAACGGCCGUACAACGCCAACCUUCAACCGACCCUCGCUUGUCAAGAAGGCGUCGAAGCUGUCGUUUGGGAUGAAGAAGGGCAAGGACCGGGAACCUUCCGCCGACAAAGACAAGGAGAAGGAGAAGGAUAAGACCGGGACAGGGGAUGAGGCGCAGAGUAGGCAGUCUACCAAGUUGACAGCGGCGAGCGGGGGCUCGUCGUCGUUCUUCAACGUCGGCAACGCCGAGCACGGAGCGUCGAUACAGGACCAGCUGAACCAGCCACCGCAGAGCAACGGGAUCGCCUCGUCCAUCAUUUCGAACGGGGACGAGAUGCCCUCGUCUGCGUCUGCGCACCAACAGCAGGGGUCUACCAUCUCCUCGUCGUCGUCGCCGCAGCCCCCGAGGUCGAAUUCGCCGACGGCGACAAUGACGUCGAAUAAGGCCAAGGUCCUGCCGCCUAUCCCGAGAGAUUUUGGAGCGAGUUCGCCAACGCCAAGAGCGAGGAGUCCGAGUCCGCUGCCGUCUGGAGAGGUGGAUAGGGAGGUGUUUGAGCACCUUGGGAAUAAUAGUUUGAGUGUCAAGUUUGAGAUUACGAUUGUUAAGGUCCCUUGGUUACCUCUGCAUGGUAUUCAGUUUAGGCGUGCAAGUGGUGAUGGGUGGCAGUACCAGAUGCUUGCGAGGAGGGUGCUAACUGAGCUCAAGCUGUGA